UCUUGUUUCAUUGAUUUUAGUCAAAUCUGUAGCCAUUAGCAUCCAGGUGUCGUGAUUUGUAAACACGUCGUAACCAAAUCCAGAUAACAGUAAAUAUUUGUCCUUGAUGUAAUGCUAUUUACUGAGACGUUUACAUUGAACAGAUGAGCUCCUGUUAGCCCUCUGGUGGUAUGAAGCCCCACCCGGUGACACGCUGCCGUCAGCUGUGAUGGUUGUGAUUGUGUUGUACCAUCAUCGUGUUGUACUCACACAAGGCUGAGCCACACGGCUGAGGUGGAAGAAGGGGACGGUGAGUCUUCUGGGUGUGUUUAUUUAAAUCCAUGGAAAAGCGGAAGCCUGUCCCCGGUUAUCAGCUGACACCGAGCUGCUAGCUACAGCAUAGCUGCACUUAGCUCAGGAACACCUGUUUUUUUGUUUCUUUGCUGCUUCUAAUUUUUACUAAAAUACGGAAUGAGAAGGCAAAACGAGGCUUUUAAGGUGGUAAUGUCCGCUACCUUGGGACGACACUAAAACAAGAGUCGUUCCGCUCUGGAGAAGAACAGGAGUUUCCUCCCGCUGCUCCUUCCAGGUGUCCAUCACCUCCAGCCCAUCGGCUCCGUCUGCACUGCUGGUGUCUGGACUCGGUAACCAUGACAACAGGCGGGUGUUGCCACCUGCCUGGUUCUCUGUGCGACUGUGCCAGCAGCACGGGUCUGUGGAAGAUUGUGGAGGAAGCUGGUGGUGAUGGAUGCCAGGCGCUCUACGUCACACAGGUCACAGCCUUAGAUGGACGUCUGCUGUCAUCUGUGCUCAAACCCAUGAGCGUACAAAGCGACGGUCCCAUUUGUCGCAUCUGCCACGAGGGAGGUAGCAGCGAGGAGCUGUUGUCCCCGUGCGACUGCACGGGCACGCUGGGCACGGUGCACAAGAGCUGCCUGGAGAAGUGGCUGUCGUCCUCCAACACCAGCUACUGCGAGCUUUGUCACACGGAGUUCCGCAUCGAGAGACGGCCGCGGCCUCUCACAGAGUGGCUGCAGGACCCCGGCCCUCGUAACGAGAAGAGGACACUGUUCUGCGACAUGGUGUGCUUCCUCUUCAUCACACCUCUAGCGGCGAUCUCCGGCUGGCUGUGUCUGAGAGGCGCUCAGGACCACCUGCACCUGGGGAGCUGGCUGCAGGCUGUGGGCCUCAUAGCCCUCACCAUUGCCCUCUUCACCAUCUACGUCCUCUGGACUCUGGUUUCCUUCCGCUACCACUGUCAGCUCUAUUCUGAAUGGAGGAGAACAAAUCAGAAAGUUCGUCUUCUCAUUCCUGAAGUGAAGGAAUCAAACUCCUCCCAGCAUUCCUUGCUCUCUAGCAAACUGAAGAAUUCGGCCAAUGAGAGCAUAGUAUGAGAAGCUUUUCCUUUUUUAAUUCCUCUUUUAUAUUUUUCCCUUUUGCUCUCACACACAUGUCCUCCAGGGGGACUAAGUGGGACGUGGAGUGGACGGAGACAUGUGAGACUUGUUUUUUGUAUCAUAGUGGAAGUGGUGAUAUAUUUGACUCGGCGUCGUAGAUUAGGAGGUUGGUCAAACGAACCAGCUAGGAGGGCUGUGUAACGGUACAGAGACGAUAACGUAGACAUGCGUUGACCCACAUGGACCUUCCCCUUCUCCUCGUCCAUCUGAGGAGCUCUUACACACAGCAGCACGAUCCCAUCAAUCUAAUGAUUUCACGUUCCAGAUCUUAAUAAUCUGAAAUUAAAACUUCAUCCCAAAUUUUUUUCCCCUCAUCUUUAAAAAUCUCCUCAGAAAACGAGUGGCUGUGAGUUCAGAGAGCGAUGGUGCAAUAAAACACUGGAUGUGGAGGUCAGAAUGCACAGUUAGGAAUGCAAGCAGUACUGUUAAUAUUUUAGUUUUUAAAUAACGGCUGGAUUAGCUGUUUUUGUCUGAAGUAGACUUCCAACAAUGUCCUUGUUUAGUUUUUUUUAUAAGUAGCACUUGACACCUGUCUUUAAAACUUUUGAAAGGACAUUUUGAUAUUUGUGUUUGUGGACUGAACGUCUUUGAUCGCCCGUUGAAGGAUUUAAUCACUUUUGAGUUGCACUUUGCUGUAUGCUUUUGUUUUGUCAGAAUCAGGGAUUCAGGACUCUUUAUUAAUACUCUAGGCAGGUUAUUCUGUGCUCGUGUAACAUUCGGACAAUCUUCUGAACCAGGAUUAUUCAGAUUAUGAGCAACAUCACUGGGAGAUGUUUACUCCCCCAUGAUCACACGAACGUACACAGGACAAGGUCAGUGUUUAAUACUCUGAGACGAGUUACCGACUUUCUAGUUUAGUUUUUUCUUGACAGCUUUUUACAUUUUUCUAAUUGGGAUUAUAUUCCAGCUGUGGUUUGUUAUGAUUAUACAACAAAUCAUGCAGGGUAUCCGCGGGUCCUUAAAAAGUCUUAAAUUAGCUUUUCCAAAUUUAAGGCCUUAAAAAUCCUUAAAAAUAACAAAUAAUCCUUAAAUACAGUUUCCAAAGGUCUUAAAUUUUCAAAGACCCAAUAAACAAAAUUCUUUUAUUUCUAUAAAAUUUUUGUGAAUUUCUAGUUAGUGUUCAGCGUUUUUUGUGUACGUUGUUGGCGUAAGCGGAACCGUACACAUUCAGUUGGUUGUGAAAGGGGGCUACUUUUAGAUGAGCACAUUAGCUGGUUAAGCUAGUGGGAGCGUGCGCCAUGGGGAAGUGCAAGUUUAAUGGUAACUGGAUGGCUAAUCCCAUGUUCGCGGCGUGGUUAGCACCGGCUCCAGGCAAUAGCUGGAAAUUAUAGCUUAAAUUUAAUUUUAAAAAUAGCUUAAAUUUGGUCUAAGUGGCCUUAAAAAAGGUCUUAAAAAGUCUUAAAUUUGGCUCCCUUAAACCUGCAGAUACCCUGUCAUGUGUCUUUAUGCAUAUUAGAUUUAUUUUCCAAACACACAACAUAACUUAUGCUGUAAAGAGUCUAGAACCAUGAUUUAAUACUCUACUCUGUUAAUAUCUCAGUAUUUACUUCAGCACAAGCAUACUUGAACAGUAAUUUAUUCACAGAAGGCUCGAAUGUCUUUUUAAUGGUGCUCCUGUGUCACGUCUAAACAAACGCUUUUUAGGGAGGCAGAUUUUUGUUCCUGAUGCUGUAAGACUUUUCUGGGCUGACCCGAAGUUCCAGCUCUGAGUUGCGUGUCUGAACGCAGAGCUCUGUAGUGCGGAGCUGGAAAUGGGCAACAGAGACGGGAACCUUCAGAAUCCAGCAGAUCGAAGAGCUCUUAUCUCACUCUGCUUUCUUGUUUACACCUUGGCUCCUGUUCAUUUAAAUGAUCUUAGAUUUGUUCCUUUGUUUUGUAUCUUAAACAAAACUUCACACCAGUUGACUUCCAGUACGUACUGGAAUGGCCCGGGCCACACGGGCAAGCAGAGAUGCAAGGAGCUAACUUUAGCAGCUUUUAUCAAAAUGAUUUGUUCUGUUAUUUAAACAGAAGUGUUCGCUUUGUUACACGUGUAGAUGUUACUUGUAUUGCUUUACAACACUUUUAGGAUGUUUUGAUUCUUCUUUCAGGAGCAGAGACUGUCAAAGUGAGUCAUUAGUAACUUUUUUAACACUGGUGUUUAAAAUGUGCUAUGAAAUGGUAAAAAUGAUCCUGGUACCUGCAAUCAGCCAAGAAUUGUUUGCCAAGCCAAUAAAAUAUAUUUUAAAAAAUCUGAGUGAA